CUUCCGAUGGACCGUCGCUCGUUGGAAGGAUCCCUGAAGAAUCCGCUCGAGUCGCGCCGUCUAGCGAGGAAUGCGGGCAUCAGUUCUUUUUAUUUUCUCGUGUACGGAGGAGUGGAGUGUACUAAUUUAUCGAGGAUAAUCGCGGGUAUUCGGCACAGUUUCGCAGUUUCGCAUCGAUCCAUACCUGAAGCACCUGCCUAUCUCCUUUUGCAGAUGGGAUAUGAGGCACGAUCCAUGUAGAUGAGCUGAAACUCAGCGAAAAUGAGCUCGCUACAGCAAGGAAACAGGUUCCUACCAUUCCCAAGCAAUAACCUGCAAAGGAAACAACUGUCCAUGCAAGGUGGUCUUCCUCAGAGUUUGAGUGGUAGCGAUACCGACGUUUCUACGUCCAACGAAAAUUUGAGUAACGAGGAGAGAUACGUCAUAAGGCACACCGCACGGCAGGAACCGCAGGGCCAGGAAAAUCAACAACAGAGUCCCUCGAGAUCCUCCAGUCACAAGGAGAAUAUACCAAAUAUUCAGGGCAACCUGCACAACAGAAACAGCCUGAAGGACAGUCUGAGUGGAUCGAAUAGAAAUAGUCUGAAGGAGAGUGUAAAUGGUUCGAAUCGGAACAGCCUAAAGGACAGCAUUAAUGGAUCGAACCGUAACAGCCUGAAAGACAAUUUGAGCAAUCGCAAUAGCGUCGGCUCAAACAGGAGCAGUCUAGAUGUUUCGACAAGCUCUUAUAACACAUUGAUCAUACACAAUGCCAAUGACGACAGUUCGUGGAUACCGUCUGGCAGAUUAUCGGGUAUGGUGAGGGAACAUGGGGACGUGGGCUACUUGUAUUGCGAUGGCAGCGGGAAGGGCCACUCCAACAGUCCCACAAUGCAGUCUCUGUCCAGCCUGCCACACGAGGAUUACGUUCACGAACAAUCUGGCAGCGGUGGCUGCCAGGAAAUCACCGAUAUCCCGGACGAUUAUCUUAGUCAGUCUCAGGUUCUGAAACAUCUCGCAAAGGAAGUAAAGGUGCCGCCGUACACCAAUACUGGAGACAGCAUAGAGAUGAGACUAAGGGACGGAGACAGGGGGAAGCAGAACGAUAACGAGUACGAGAACAACUCGCCGCCGUCUUACAUAUCGACGUUGUUACCGUUGAAGAACAAGCGCAUACUCAUCGGGCCAAUGGAAAAAUUGACUAUAUCACGAUCGCAGCCCGACUUAUCCCGGAUCAACAAAGCGGACAUCGAUAGCUACAAUCUGUGCGCAACGUCUCCUCGACCUCAGACUAAGGGACGCGAGGAGGUGGAAAGGGAAACGGGCGAGGUAUGGUCAUCAACAGACAUGCUCCGCAUAGUGGUCCAGGAAAACAGCGCGCUGAAACUUGAGCUGGAACGCUGCUACAACAAAGUUGCCAAGUCGCAGAAGCUGGAGCAAGAGAUAGCAAAGGUGCACCGCGCUCACGAGGAGCUCGCGGCGUCCUGCGAACGGCGAGAGAAGUUGGAGCGCGCCGCCAGGAUGAGGUUGCAGAACGACUGUCGACGGUUGACCGAGCUGAACCGCGCGUUGCGGGACCAGAUCGACUUGCUGUCCGCUCGCACGAAUAGUUCGCCGAUUGUUGAGACCAUGCGGAAAGAGCUGACGCAACGCGAACUGCUCAUCGGACAGCUCAUCACUCAAAAUAAAGAACUGACCGCUGCAAAGGAAAGACAAGAGAUCGAGCUGGCCGCGCAACGAGCCACUUUACAGGAGCAACGUACGCAUAUCGACAUUCUGGACACCGCAUUGGCCAAUGCACAAGGCAAUGUUCUACGGCUGGAGGAAGAGUGUCGCAAGAAGCAAGUGUACGUGGAGAGAGUGGGCCAGCUUCAGCGAGUUUUGUCCUCUCUUCAGACGUCUAGCGAUAGACGAGAGGAGACCGAGAGACAACUGAGAAGCCAGCUGGAGAAGGAAUUGCGCGAGGAUGCCGGAGGCAGCGGCGGUAACGAACAAACGUCGAACGGCGAGACUAUCGCAGAUCUGAAACGACGAUUGCACGAACGAGACGAGAAGAUUAUGUCGCUCGAGAGUGAUGUCGCCAAGUGGGAGAAACGAUACCUCGAGGAAAAUGCACUGAGACAAGCGGCCAUUGAAGCAGCUAGUCUGCCGAGGGACGCAAAGAUCGCCGCUUUGGAGAAGACCAGUCAGGAUGCGGAAAAAUUGAUCGCGGAGGCUCGCUCGGAAAAGAUGAGACACAUGGACGAAGUGCAUGCCGCGCAGAAGAAAUUGACCGAUCUUGAAUCUAAACUGAAAGAUCUGGAAUCUAAACUGGCCGAGAAGGACGCUAUGAUCAGGGUACUGCAGAAGCACACGUACGACAAAGCGGAUAGCAGCAGCAGCAGCGGCGUGGGUAGCUAUCCCGCUGCGCAUUCGUCUCAUUCGAGUACGUCGGUGGAUCAUCACACUGCGUUGACAAGCACGCCGGAACUUGUGAGCAGCGUACUCGGCGGUGGCAGCGGUUACGGCAGCGCUGGUUCUUACGGCGUCGGCGACAGUUACAAGUACAGAAAGCAAGGGAGUUUUGAGCAAACUAACAAGAGUCUCGAUGACCAACUGAAAGAGCUAGACUCGCAGCUGCUCAGCAAGCGGGCACUUUGCUGUUUUCCAGGAUUCUCUAAUCCAGGCACUGCGUCGCGAAAAGGAAAAAUACCCAAGCCACUAUUGGCGGGUGUAGAUAGCACAGGUACCUCGAGCACUGCAUCGAGCAAGAGUCGGCUGUUGGAUGACUCGUCCGGCAGCGGUGGCGAUGUGAUGUCACCGAGUAUAAUCGAAUUCGCGAGCGCGGCGGCCAGGCUGAAGGGUACUAUCUCACGGCUGUCGGACAGCGGCGGCGGCGGCGGCGGCAGCAGCAAGCCGACCGAGGACAUGAUGCUGCUCGAGAAGCAGGGCAGGAGCUCGCAGCGGCAACGGAUGACGGCGGAUGGGGGUGGAGAGCCACGUCGUGCCGGCAGUCUACCGCCUAGCUCGCUACCGCGACCACCGAGAUCGCUGAAGGCGACCAGCGCGAACUCGCGCUAUUGCCGACUGAGUGACACGGAGACGCGCAAGAAGUCGGACCCGGGACCGGGAGCGUUGGAUGCGUCCUCCCCGACGAGCAGCGGCGGCACCAAGGUGGCGAUGCGCGAUUCCGGCAACUGCAGCAGCAUCGAGUACGGCAGAUUCGACGCCACUGCGAUCGCCGCCAAGGCAUCACGCAGCAGGAAGAAGAACUACGGAGCUAUGGAGAACUUCGUGACAAAUAGCUCGCUGAAGAAGUCAUCCGGCUCGGGUGGCGGUGGUGGUCACGAGUACGAGAGGCUGCAGCCCGACACGAUCACGAGCAGCAGCCGCAAAAAGUCAUUGAUUGGCGGUACCAACUACGCGUUGUCGGAAUCAGCGGUGAAACACAGGGAGAUGCAAAGCCGCUCGUUCAUACCACCGCCAGCAUUAUCAUCGUCCCGUCCUCGUAUCGGUGAAUACGGUCGCCUGAGCGAUAGCGAGGCGUCCUUCUCGGCGGCGACCAUUAAGGGUGGCAGCAACACGUUGCGGAAACAGACGGCAGGAGGGGGGUCCUCCCGGGGACAGAGCACUGGCAGCACCGUGAGCAGCAAGAGCGGCGGCGCCCGCGAUUCCGGCGGAACCGCCAGCAGCGAGGCGUCCACGGCCUCCCUGCCGCCGGUGGUCAAGGCGAGGUCGAUACCGCGUCCCAGUAACUAUCGCAUUCAAUUCUGAGAAGUGCCCGUAUUUAUGCGUAUGCGCGUGUAUUUUCGCCGGCGAACGCCUUCCGCCGGGACUAGUCGCCGAAAUGCGCGGCGAGUUUUUCGGAUGAAUCUCGAGCAACUGCUUCCAUGUCAUGUCGAAACUCAUGAUCUUGAAAGAUAUAAUAUAUCGCUUAAUUCUUUACGGUAGAAUGAUCAUUCGCGAGUAUUUCGUUGCAAAGCUUUGUUUCGUAAUUUAAAGAAAGAUAAAUGGAUACGUAGUUUAUACAUAAUUUAGAAACGUUGCAUUCUGAAACUCACGAAAAGGAGAACAUCGACGUUUUCUAAAGAGAUAAAUAAUCUUGUCCGAUGCGAUUCUUCCAGUGAUUCGAUUGUGAUCAGGAUUCAACCGAGGAACUCCAACUUGGAGCCUCCAAGACGCGACUUAUGCUUUACUUAAAUUGCGAUCGCCGAGUCCUGCACGCAUUUCAAGAUAUUGAUAAUUUCGCAAGAUUUUCUUUUCCAAACCGUGUCUUACUUGAUACGCUUUGGAGAUGAGAGGCACACAAGUGUCUGUGUAACGGUCAUAAAUACGGGCAUACAGAAGUGUAAGAGAAUCGACGUCGAGCACGUACGCGAGACGAUUGUUGCCGAUGUUCGUUCUCAUUGGUCUCGUUGUGACGUGGCUGCGGGGACGCUCACGCGUUACACGCGGGCACCGCAACAUGGAACGGCCAUAUAUAAUGAUAAAACGCCUGCGGUUGUGCCGCGCCAUUAUGAUUACUAUUUACAUAUUAGUAAACCAACCGCAAGGCCAUAACGACCGACGAACAACGCUAAAUCCAUAACUAACGUAGCAAUGUAGCGUAUGACCUAGUCAUUACCAAAGUAACUCUCGGUAGAAUAGGAAAGAAGGAUUGUCGUCUUCCUGAAUCGCGUGUUUCGCGUGCACGGCGGCCUUUUUAUACGAGACGUGCCUACGAGAGAUGCCUCCUCUCGUGCAAAGUGCCUUUCCCGCGGAUCGUCUCGCGCGAUCCGUGGGUUCUUUUCUACGCAGGGAUAUCUUCCCCUACGUUUCUAAACGAGAAAGGAAACCGGUGAAAAAUGGUAAAGAAAGGAUGGAUAAAGUCGCUAGUCCGUGUACGUCCCAGGUAAUUUACGUCCCGGUCGGUCGCAUGAGAACGCAUUACGAGAGUUCCCAUCGCGCUCGAUCCUCGAUCGGUGAUCAGGCUCAGGCCUGAGGUAAGAGAGAGAGACCGAAUUGCGGAUAGGAUAUCGUGACGAUGCACUCUUCCUUUCAUCCUCGCAAUUUGUUCCCGUACCUCGCGUGUGUCUUUUCCUCUUUUCGUUUUGUUACGAAACGGAGAUACGUAUGUACGCGCAACACGCACACGAUUACUCGAUAUUUCUUUCCGCGUAGCUUUACGGUUAAUGAAACUGAUUUUCCCAGAAUCACGCGUAGCUCGUAGGCUCAUAACGAUCCCUUUUUAUCGCGCCAUUUUAACGUUUACUUUUCCAGGAUGGAUGACGAUCAGAGUUGCUCUUAGAGGAGAGAAACGAAGCGACAAACGUAAAACGCCAAAGUGUAAAAUUAUUUUAUAUCCGCGCGCGCAUUGCGAUUUAUAUAUUUGCGUAAAUUAUAUAUAUAUAUAUCUCUCUCAGAAAUGUCUUUUAAUAUAAUUCACCGUAUUUAUUUGUGUUACAUUUUGGAAUAUUAGUUAUCUAAUAUAUGUGCACGUACGCGUACGCGUUUGAUGUGUA